AUGAGGUUGAAGCUCCCUACCGCGACACAGUUCUACAAAAACUGGCAACGAAUUCAUCAGCCCGAAAGGGCGGUCCCAAUUAGCAGGGACUUGAUGCUGGCAAUGGCCGGCCUUUGCAUUACCCAGGAGCUUCACCUGAUUCCCCAUCGGGAUCAGCGACGAACCGCUGCCAUUGUCCCCUUUGCCAAGACCCCCAAUGGCAAUCCACAGGUUGUUACCUGCUCUGACCCACGUGUGUGGUGCCUAGCAGUGGCAGUGCGCGAGGCUUUUGAGCCUACGCAACUUUUGUGGCCAUCCACCCCGGGGCAAUUUCGUCGUUUUUGGGGUGCUUUAUUGGAGGUCCUCGACUUCACUGCCCAAGACUACGUCCCUUACAGCAUACGACGGGGUGGUGCCACUUGGUACUUUUUGGAAACGUCCUCCAUGGACGCUACCCUGCAACGUGGCAGGUGGAACUGCAAUCGUACAGCGAGGCAGUACAUCGAUCAAGGAACUCUGGCAAUGGCCAAAUUCCUGUGGACCGCGACACAAUGUCGCCGUGUCAAACAAUGGGCCCUCAAGGGAGCCACUCAACUCAAGCGUCUUCGCCAGGAAAAAACGCUGGGACAUGGGAGGUUGCUCAAGAAGGCUCGCGCUGAGGCUGUGCAGACGAUUCCUACGGGCCAGGCGGGCUCAGCGUGA